UUCUGAACCAGCUGUUUUGCAUGUACAUUCAAUUUCUGCUGUUUUUGCUCUACCUGCUCCGUAUUGCGCUACUGCCCCUUCUGGGGCUUGGCCCCGAAUUGCUGCUUGCAGCUAUAUUCUCUACUUGUACCUGUUUGAUUAUGAAGACACCUUUCUACCCUUCAUACACACCUGCUGCCCUGCACACACAAACAACGCAGUGCAAGAUGUCCCGCCUGACAACAUGCUGCAGGAGCCAAGCCGGCAUCAGUGGGUGGAGUUUCGGGUGAAGGUGUGUCUGUUGCCCUACAUGCUACUGGUUGACUUUGCCUGGAAAUGGCUGAGCGUUCAUUUCUGGAUAUCAUGGAUUGUCAUUAUUAAUGCUAUGUUAAUGACAAUAUUGGAGUUCUUUUUUAUCUGGACACUAUGGAGAAGAAGACAGAUGAGCACCCUCCCUAAGAUGUUUUUGUGGAGGAUGUCCAAUCUGUUGUUCUUUAUACUGCUGUGGCCUGUGCUCCCUCAGAUCUACUGUGACUUUGAAUUCUACGGUGGACUCUUUUUCAGCUCAAUCCUUUACAUCUGGGUUCGGAAACCUUUUUUUAAGCAGGCACAGCAAUGAAAACCAAUACAAGUUUCGAUUUUUUUUUUUUUUUCUUCACAGGUUUCAGCACUGUUUGAACUUGAAGGAAAUUAAUUAAUCAUAAUUAACAUUCCUUUUCUAGCAAGAUUAACCAUGGUUCUCUAAUAUUGCUCUCUAAUAUUGCUUUAAUACAACAGAUUAGUAAAAAAUAUGUGUAUUUAAUUAGAAUGUAGAAGUUUAAAAUGUUUAUUAUUUAUUUAGCACUUUACACAAUAAGUUAUUAGACCAUUUUUAGCAAAAUAACCAUUUACCCGAUGUCACUUUGUUAAUUUUCACAUAAUUAAUGUUUUUUGAAACUGAACCUACUUCGGCAAAUGCACAGUUUAAUUGAAUUUGUAAAUUAAUCAGUAAAAUUAAUCAUUUUUUUCAUUUAAGUACAUGGAUGUAAAUGAUAAACACUUAGAAACUC